AUGACUGGUGACAAGCUAUGUGACGAGCCGUCUGUAAAAAUUCUGUCAAAUGUUUAUGGAAAUGUUGUCUUCUGGAUCCGGCAGGGACAGCUAAACAAGCUGGCCCUCACAUCCCAUCUUGCAACACUCAACGUCGGCACCAUGACUGGACGGUACAACGAACUAUCUAAAGCCUUUGAAACUCGACACAUAGACAUCUACGCAGUGCAAGAAACAUGGUGGAGUGGAAACAAAUUGUAUGACAUUGGAUGCAGUUACAAGUCGAUGUAUAAGGGCAUACGCGGAUCAACUAGUGGCGUUGGCAUUAUAGUAUCAUCCAAGUUUGACAAUAAUAUCUCUGAAGUGCAAAGAUACAAUGAUUGUGUGAUGAAGAUUGUGUACAUCACAGCUGGCAGAAAAAUCCACUUUUUCAGUGCUUACGCUCCACAAACUAGCCAAGCAACUUCCAUCAAGGACGCCUUUUGGAGGAUGCUUGAUGCAAAGACUGCUGAAGUACCCCCAGAAGAUUACAUCAUCAUCACUGGUGAUAUGAAUUGGCACAUAUGGUGCAGAAAGGAAGAACAUACCGCUCACGGUGGGCAUGGAUUUGGAGAAAAGGAUGACGACGAUCAGCAUAUCCUCGAUUUCUCUGAAGCUCAUAACCUGGCAAUUGCGAACACAUGGUUCAAAAAGCAUGACUCACAUCUAAUAACAUAUUACAGUGGCAUUAACGCCACGCAGAUCGACUACAUCCUCGUGAGACGCCGUGAUCUCAAAGAUGUGCUUGAUGCACAGGUCAUCCCCUAUGAAACAGUUGCGACACAACACCGUCCAUUGAUCUGUAAGCUAAGAACCAAGCUGCCAACAAACAAGCACAUAGAUCGCACAGGACCUGUGAGAACCAGUUGGUGGAAAUUCAAGAAUAAGGAAGCCGACAUCAUAGCCCGAAUUACUUUGUCACCAAUUACCACAGUUGAAGAAAGCUGGGAGAAAGUGAAAGAGUCUGCUCAGGAAGCUGCACAUGGAAAUCUUGGGACAACACAACCAGGACGACAGGAAUCGAUAGGGAUACAUGGCAUUGGAAUGACACCGUCAAAGACGCGAGAUGCAAAACAGGCUAUAGCAGCAACCAAAUCCUCACGUUAUGCUGAUCUAUACUCAAAAGUUGACACACGUGAAGGAGAGCAGGACUUACAUCGACUCGCUAAAGCAAGACAUCACAAUUCAGAAAAUGUUCAUCGGUUCUACGGAGUCAGUGAUGGGACCAGUAAUUUGCUAGUUGACUGGAAGGAGGCCAGAGAACGAUGGCGCAGCUACUUCAAGAAGAUCUCAGCAGAAGAGUUCCACCAUCCACCAAUACCCACCGGCAAUGCUGUUGAAGGGCCCAUAAGAGAAAUUGCAGUUGAAGAGAGCUCUAGUGCCACUGCUACACAUUUUAAGUGCGUAUGCAUUAUCGCUAUGUAA